AGAGAACUCUGAGAGGAAUAGUUCCACUGAGCUAGAUGCUGAACAUGCACAGAAGGUUUUGGAUAUGGAACACACCCAGCAGAUGAAGCUAAAGGAACGUCAGAAGUUCUUUGAAGAAGCCUUCCAGCAGGACAUGGAGCAAUACCUUUCUACAGGAUACUUGCAGAUAGCAGAGAGGCGAGAACCGAUUGGAAGUAUGUCUUCCAUGGAGGUGAAUGUGGACAUGCUGGAACAGAUGGACCUAAUGGACAUGUCUGACCAAGAAGCACUUGAUGUCUUUUUAAACUCGGGAGGCGAAGACAAUAAUGUGCUUUCUCCCAUGCUGGGGCCCGACUCCACCACCUACGUGCAUGAGAUAAGUCUUCAGGUUCCGAGCCAGUCUGAAUUACGACAGAAACUGUCUUCGCUGUCAUCAACCUGUACCGAUUCUGCCAGUCAAGAUGCAAGUGAAGGAGAGUCUCCAGUUAUUCAGUCUGAUGAAGAGGAAGUUCAAGUGGACACUGCUCUCGCUGCUGUAACUGAAAGAAAGGGCGCUUCUGAUGUUAGUGAUGAAAGUGACUCUCAGACUAUUUGAAUCUUAAAACCAUAUCCUUUAAGAAUGACUUCUGAAUGAAUGAACAAGUGAAUGAAGAGCUUGCCUGUGUAACAAUUUGCUAACCAAGCGUAACAGCCAGAUCUUUUUACUGAGUAAUACCGCCUUUUUACAAAAUUGCCACUCAUGUGGAGGUUGGUUUUUAAAAAAGAAAAAGCGCCUAAAGCACACACACUUUAACAGCAGUCUUGGGGCUCAGGGGAGCAGUAAAACUGUUGUAUAUACUAUGUAUAAGAGAAUUAAAGGGGAAAGAUACAAGUCACUUUGACCACUAACCUUUAAAUGGCUGAUUGGAAAUACUUAGACUUGAUGUGUAAUACUGAACCCAAAUUGUUCCUUGCAUGUUUUCGGCUGCUGCAACUGAAGAUUUAGGAUCCAAACCAAAACGAAAAGUUAUUUUCUACUCUUUACUACCUACUGUCUACCUACUGCCUUUGUCUACCAAUGCAGCAGUGUCUACUCUCUCACAUUUCUUAUGCAGGACCAAUUUAGUUAUCAUAGGUGUUAAGGAAAAAAAAAAAAAAAAAAAAAAAAAGAAACUGAAAAGGAGGAGAGAUGCGUAUUGAAAUGUUACACUCCUCGUGGAGCAGAUAUCUUAGCACUGUAUAAACCUACUCCUCUUAAAAUAAAGUAUUUCUAUCCCAACCA